AUGUCCUUCGAACGUUUCACCAAUCACCCGCAUACCACUAACAAUGUCCUUCGACCGUGUAUUUACAGGCCCCAAGACUUCAGCAAAUGCCGACUGUGCUGCCGCACCCAUUCGCUGCGCUACUGCCGCGCCCUUCUGGCCAUGACGCCGGACGAACGCUACGAAUCCGCUAGAGUGCACCGCUACUGCAUAAAUUGCUUAGCUACCUCGCAUGUAACGGGCGCCUGUGAUUCCUCAGGCAGUUGUCAUCGCUGUGGAUUAGCCCACCACACCUUGCUGCACCGAUCCGCCUCCACACCGACCGAGCGUACGCAGAAGACUGAGCGCAAGUCCAAUGACAAGCGCAAGCCGAAUCGUCAAAGGACCCAAACCUCGCGUGAGCAAGGAAAUGCUACGCAGUCAGCACGCAGACCGACCGGACGAGCAGUAAAGAAAGCAGCUCAACAACCACGUCCCGUUCCUGCUUUCCAACNUGCUCCCGCCUUUCAACGACGCAUCCGGGGGCUACUAAAUAAAGCACGAGAAACGCUGGAGCAGCUGCAAGAUUUGGUGCAGGUCUCAUCGCCUCAGGCCCGCCGGCAUGACAUGAGUCAUAAUUUGAUUGAAUUUUAA